AUGCAACCAACGGCGAUGCUUCCUAAACUUACAGAUUCGACUCAAACAAUAUCAUUCUCUGAAGGUGACGGCGUCUGCAGCUCCGAAGUAUAUUCGUCAGACGUGGUAGUGACAACAAAUGCUGGUAACCACAACCAUGGCAGUUCCAAAGUGAAGCUCAAGAGCCUCGUCGAUUAUAACUGGGAACCUAAAUUCUACUCCGGACAACUCCUUGCUGUUCAUAUAAGUGGACAGUACCUAGCAUAUAGUAUUAAAGCUCCCAAUGCUGCCGACCCUGGCAGCUGGAAUGGUAUGGUGAGAGUUGUGUACAACCCUGAGCCUGGGAUUGACAGAAGAGCACUCAUAAAAGGCAUGAAAGGAGAGGUUCUAGACCUGGCAUUUGCACAUAUCCAGAACCAAAUAUUACUGGCCAGUAUUGAUGAAAUGGGAAAUUUUUAUAUCCAUGAAAUUGAAGUUACGGACAGCGGUCUGCGUUGCACCCUGUCAGCGGAGGUGCGUGAGGACACGGGUGCGUGUGUGGGUGGAGGCGUGCACCGAGUGGUGUGGUGUCCCUACAUACCUGAUGAAGACGACUCACCCGAUGAUGAUGUAGCCAGGUUGCUGCUCACUACACAUUCACAUCAGGCUCGUAUGUGGAACGUCCGCGCGAUAUGGUCUCUGUGUGCGGGCGGGGGCGGAGCUCCCUUGCCGUAUGUGUCGGCGGGGGCGGCGCUGGCGGCGGGCGCGGGACUAGCGGCGGGGAGCCACGCGGCGCCCGUGCUGGCCGCAGCCUUCUCUCCGGACGGCACCGCGCUGGCAACCGCCUCUCAAGACGGAUACGUCAUGUUCACACAGGUGUACAUGAACAAUGAGAUCAGUCCCCGCUGCCUCCACAAGUGGCAGCCUCACGAGGGCCAGCCGCUGAGCUGCUUGUUCUUCCUCGACAACCACAAGAAUUAUAACACCGACGUCCACUUCUGGAAGUUCGCGGUGACGGGUGCGGAGAACAACACGUGCAUCAAGAUCUGGUCGUGCAAGUCGUGGAGCUGCCUGCAGAGCAUCUCGUUGCGCGCGGGCCCGGGCGAGGCGGGCGUGGUGAAGGCGCAGCUGGACCCCAGCGCCGCCUACCUGCUGCUGUCGCACUCCAAGGCCCGCAGCCUGUACGUGCUGCACGUGGCGCGCGACCACGACGACGCUGCCGCCUACUGCCGCAGCAUAGCAGAGUUCCUGCUGCCCUACCCCGUGCUCAGCUUCUGUAUUGUGGACGCAGAGGAGCUGCCGGCCAAGUGUGAGUCGAGCUGCGACGACCCCUACCACAGGAACGGCUCGGCCGGGGACGCGACAGACUCGCCCGACGACUUUGACAUACACCACUCGGACGAGGAGGGAGGUCCGUCGUCGUCGCGGGUCCGGCUCCGUCUGUUCAUCGUGCAGCCCAAAGGUCUGCAGGAGGGCGAGCUGGUGUACACGCCGCCCGCACAGAACACACACAGAGAGCUAGUUGAUCUGAGCAUGGAAGAGGAAGUAGAGGACGCGGCCAAGAGCGUGCCGUCCAGCAUCCUGCAGCAACAGACGCAGCAGCUCAAGAACCUGCUCAUGAGGUCACAGACCCAACCAGGCAGCCUCAUCCCUCAAAGGCCGGAGUCCCCGUCCGCCAUGCCGCCCCUCAACCUCAUGACGCCCGACGCCUUCAGUUCUCCUGGUAAACGAGAGGACGACGACCCUCCCCUGUCGGCCACACCGGAGAUCACCAACAUAGCGAGGGCGAGCGGGGCGGAGGAGCCUCUGAACGGCGUGGGCGGGAAGACGUCGGGCGGCUCCAGCCCCAGCAGGGAGGUGAGGCAGAUCAUGGCCCACGACGCGCACUACUACGGACAUGUGGAGGACGAGGACGAGGCCAAGCCGAGCUCGACCAGCGAGGAGGUGUCGACGGUGCCGGUCGGGGAACUGUUCACUGGGGACUUGUUCAGCUCCACUGAGAAACCUCCGCCGCCUGCCAAACUGAAACAUGCCAACAGUGACACGUCGUGGCCGCAGAUAUCUCUGGAGCAGAUCACGGAGGCCAACCAGCGCAAGGCGUCCAGCGACAAGUCCAGCAGCCAGUCGCUCAACUCGCUCGUGACGCCCAUCAACCCGCCGCUGCCGCCCGCCCUACCGCCCGCCCUGCCCACACCGCUGGCCCCCACCCUGGCGGCUCCUCCUAAGCCUCCCUCCAUGGCGCCUCCCCCCAAACUGCCCACUAUAGUGCCCCCUCCCCUCCCCCCCAGCAUGCCCGCCCCGCCCGUGACGUCACUGGCUCCUCCCCCCGCCCCAGAAGUCGUCCCUGUUCCGGACGAAGUCAAGAAGAACCGGUGGGAAUCUUUAGAACAGAAGAUCGACAAGCUGACCGAGCUGGUGUCGUCUCAGGCGGUGGAGCUGCGCGUGUUGCGGGGGGAGGUGCGGGCCGUGCGGGAGGAGAGGGGGCUGGACCGGCAGAGGACCGCCGCCGCGCUCAGGGACGCUGUUAACGACGGUUGGGAGCGCAUCUCGGCCAUGGGCGAGGCGGCCAGCGCGCAGGCGGCGGCGGCGGCGGGCGCGGGCGCGGCGCGGGCCCUGGAGCCGCUGGCGCACGCUCUGCAGCACGAGCUGGCCGCCAAGCUGAGCGCCACGGACGCCCUGCUCAGGGACAACAUCGACAAGCUGUCGGUGACGGAGCGGCUGUCGUCGAGCGUGUCGUCGAUGGUGAGCGCGUCGGUGCGCGAGGCGGCGCGGGAGGCGCUGCGCCACGCGCUGGAGGCCGCGCUGCCCGCCGUCGAGCGAGCACACGCACAGCUGUUCAGGCAGAUCAACGCGGCCUUCCAACAGGGAACUAAGGAAUUCGCGGCCAACACGGAGGCUGCGUGUCGCGUGGCGGCGGAGCGCGGCGGGGCGUCGGCGGCGGGGUCUCUGCGGGCGGCGCUCGACAGACACGCGGAGGCUCUAGCCCGCGCCGCGCCCCUGCACCCGCAGCACGUGGCCGCGCAGAUCAAGGACGUGGUGCACGGUGUUCUAGAGAAGGAGCUGUCUUGGUGGCGUGAGCAGACUCGUGAACACGCUCGAGCGAUGACGGCCAGGGCUCUGUCACCCGCGAACACAACCUCCGCGCCCUCCGUCACCGACAGACAGAUGCAAGUGAGUCAGAUCCAGUCCCUGAUGCUGAGCGGGGACGUGAACGGCGCCUUCCAGCUGGCGCUGUCCGCCUCCGACCUGUCGCUGGUGGUGGCCGCGUGCCGGGCCGCGGAGCCCGCGCGCGUGCUGGGCCCGCCCUGCCGCCUCAAGCAGCACGUGCUGCUGUCGCUCGUGCAGCAGCUGGCCGCUGACAUGACCAAGGACACGCACCUCAAGCACCGGUACCUGGAGGAGGCGGUCAUGAACCUGGACACGUCCAACCCGGUGACGCGCGAGCACCUGCCCAUCGUGGUCCGCGAGCUCCAGAAGCAGAUCAUAUCGUUCCUCAACUCCAACCCGAGCCACUCCCUCAGCAGGCAGUUCCGGAUGCUGCUCAUGGCGACUGAGGCGCUGGUCAAGGGCGCCGUGUGA